AUGGCACAUAUUACAAGUCUCAACGCCCAUGAAUAUCCUCCAGAGCCUGUUCGGCUCCAGUACAAAAAGUACCAGGGAAUCUCCCUGUCAGAGAUAGACACGGAUCCUGGUAUUCUUGAUCUCCAAGCGUUGGACCCCGAUCAUCUUCCCAGGGAAUUUUCCAUAGAACGAUGGAUGACAAGCGAAGGUCUUCAGUCCACAUACAACCGGUUCGUGGGUUGCAGCCAACAGGACGUAAGAGUCCCCAGUCGAAGGAUCCCAGUCUUGACCCAUAAAUCUGUUUCUGGUCUUCUGAUGAUUCCGUCCUUGCUUCCACCGGCGGUGCAAGUUGAAUUGCUCUCCCGUUUAUUCCAUCGGGACUUAUCCAACAGUGAGCACCAGACCAAUCUUCAUCUCCACUACAAAAUUACAUACCCUAUGCAGAAAGGUGGAGUGAAAGAGGAUCGUGAUGGAACUUCUCCCCAGCCAGAUUCUCGGUCUUUCUUCGAGGAUGAUCCCGCUCGCAUUCUAUCCCCCAGAGACCCGACCGUACACAAACCGCUUACUGUCCAAACUAUGCUCAAUAAAAAACUCAGAUGGGUCACCCUGGGGGGCCAGUACGACUGGACGGCUAAAGUCUACCCACCGGAGCAGCCUCCGACCUUCCCAGAGGACGUCGCAAAUCUCCUUCGAGCCGCCUUCCCCAAGACGGAGGCGGAAGCCGCCAUUUUGAACGUCUACUCUCCAGGAAAUACUCUCAGCCCACAUCGCGAUGUUAGUGAAGAGUGCGAUGCCGGGUUGAUUAGUGUGAGCUUCGGAUGCGAUGGUCUCUUCCUCAUCAGCCAUGACGACGGAACGGGGUGCGAAGUUAUUCGACUUCGCUCUGGGGAUGCCGUAUAUAUGGAUGGCACGUCGCGCUUUGCGUGGCAUGCCGUGCCUAAAAUUGUCCCAGGGACGUGUCCUUCUUGGCUGGCCGAUUGGCCUUGUCGUCCAGAGGACCACGAGACUCGGUCCCGAUUUGGUGCCUGGAGAGGCUGGAUGGCUGGGAAAAGAGUCAAUCUCAAUGUCCGACAAAUGGUAGCCAGCGCGCCGCACCUCAGAUAG